AUGUCACACGUCGUUAUUCGUGCAAUCCCCUUUGCGACUCGUCUGCGCGCAGCCCAAGGUGGUGCCAAGGAGCUUCUUAAGCGUGACCGCGUCCGCGCACAGAAGUUCGUGGCUGGCAAGUCCCACCAUGCCUUCGUUGCUGCCAAAGCCAAACGCUACAGCAGUACUGGCGCGGACUCUAGCAUUGAUGUCACCGAUUCAGGUGUCACUUACACUACGCAAGUCGGUGUUGGAAGCCCAGCGACCGAUUAUACAUUGUUAAUCGAUACUGAGGAUGAAGAAAUAUCACAAGGGCUGCCGCUCCUCGCUUACACGAAGCAUACCUGUAUUGGCACGUGGAACGUUAGGCACAUCACCGCACUGGCCACCGCUUGCGUUUGGAAUAUGUUGAUCCAAUUGUCUAUCUCGCCUUCAAUGUCAAGCCAGUCAUACUUAUUUCACAGGACGACGAGUUGCACUCAAUACGGUUUGAUCGGUGGGCAGAAUCUGAUUGGCUUUGAAGUCUCUGCGGUACCGAAGGAUUAUAUCCAGUCAUCUGAGAAUAGGAACACACCAUCUACAUUCGUCCUGAGAUGCAGCUGGCAUAGAAGGCACUCCAACCAGGGUACCGAUUCCUUGAACAUCACCGCUCAUGUCACUCCGGCACGUGAGGCAUCAAAAGAUUGGGAUGUUGCAUUUCCAAUGAGUCCAGCCGAUGGUCCUAAAAGUGGGAUAGUUGCCUGGUUCCUUGGGGUAGCAUGCAAAUCGGGGUUGGUCUUCCUCCUCUCGAUGUCAGGGCAAAUCAGCACCACAGACAUGGCAACUCCAUAUUGGGGUAUCGAUCAGUCGGUAUCGUACGGUACUGGUCAAACAAUCUUGAAUACGACUGCCGGCAUUGUGGACACUGGCACUACCCUUCUCCUCCUUGCCACUGAGGCUUUCCAGGCCUAUCAGCAGGCAACUGGUGCCGUCGAAGACCAGCGAGUUCAGUUCGAUGAGCCUACAAUGUUUUGGCGAUCACGUGACAUGAUUGUCGCUUUGUUCCGGCUUAUUAGCGAGAGCGGUGUCCGCGGUCCCGCAGAAGGCAUGGCCGUAUUUAGUAAUUUUUGCUUCACGAGCGUCAGGCUUUCCAUAUAG